UUGUUCCUGUCGGGCUGUUCGAGAGGCACCCUUUUGAUAUAUUUUGCGACGUCGUGCUUGGACUUCAUUGCUCUUCGUACGCAUCUACAUUCCUUGGACCAGCUUCCCCGCUUCCCUAUCUCACCGCCGUCGCGGACGAUAACAGCUAUCGCCCUACGAGAGGCUUCAUCUCCACGAUCAUCGUGGAUACCAUCAAUCCGGCGUCAAAUAUUUCACAAGGUCUACCGGAGAAACGUCGCCUCUUUCGCUGUCGCAUGGUGCAUUCCACGGAGUGGGGGAUCUCCAGAGAUUCCCUCCGCUAACCUCGACAUUCCUACGUCUCGGAAGCAUCCAUUGAGCGGAGUAUCGACGAAAUACUCGGAGAUAGAGCGGCGCUGAUCACGAAAAUGUCGCCAAAUCCAGACCUCACCCCUCCGGGGAGCAGUACUUACUCCUCCGACACGAUGUAUGUCGGGGAUGGGACAUGGGAUACGCAGCGCAACACCUUUCUUUUGCCGAACUUGAUGGGCCUUAAUUUUGAUACGAUGAGAUAUAACGGAAUGGGAAAUCGUUUUAGAGAGAUGACCGGAUACCGUCCUAUGAUCAUAGCGCACGGCGUCAUAGCGGCCAUCGUAUUUUUAGGGCUGGUACCGAUUUCCGUCCUCCUUAUGCGAUAUUACACACAAUUCAAUCCGUUCUGGGCCUUUAAGUUGCAUGUCUGGUGUCAGGUAUUGACAUUACUUCUCACUACCGUGGUGUUCGUGCUGGGAUGGUUUGCAGUCGGUCCGCAACGAAGCUUGACAAAUCCCCAUCAUGGAAUCGGAUUGGCUAUUUACGUUAUGGUCAUCACGCAAGUCCUCUGGGGCUGGGUCAUCCAUAAAACGGAGAAGGGAAGACGGAGAUUCCACGUCCCACUCAAAAUCAUGUUACACCGAUGGCUGGGCCGUUCCUUGACGAUCUUGGGCAUCGUUCAGAUACCGCUUGGUCUCACGUUAUAUGGAUCUCCCGAAUCGCUGUUUAUUCUAUAUGCCAUUGCUGGUUUCCUUUAUCUGGCAAUUUGGUUCAUCCUAUCCUAUCUUUACGACCCGGAAGAACGCCGUUUGGAGAGCGACUAUGACAGCCGCGGGAGCUACAUCUCGGGCCCAUCUGUAGUCGAAGACAGACAUCAGAGCCACCCCGGCCGGGCGGCUGCUGCAGGAGCUGCAGGGGCUGGGCUAGCAGCACUGUUCCGUCGCCGCGAUCGCAGUAGAAGCAGAAGCAGAAGUCGUGUCGACGACGAUUCCCAAACGUCGUACAUUGACGAGAAAUAUUCUGACGAACCCCGUCGGGGUGGUUGGGGAAAGAGACUCCUCGAACUGGGUGCGCUAGUUGGCGGCGUAGGUCUCGCCAAACGCUACUUCGACAAGAGACGAGACCGGGAAAGCGAUUCAGAGUCUGGGAGGUAUCGACCCGCCCAUGGAAGAAGUGACGAUGUCACCGAUGUCACCGAGGACAGUCUUAGUCGCGUUGAGGAAGGGAGACCUCCGCCAAGCCAUAGACCUCUCAGGGACAGACCGCCAAGCAGGCCCCCUAGCCAGAGUUCCAUGGACUACAGCAGUGACUACUAUACGGAUUAUGAGGACAGAGGGGACAGAGGUGGCCAUGGACUCCGUGAUACCAUCCUUGGAGCGGGGAUCUUUGCGGGCGUCAGAAACCUCUUCAAGAGCCGAAAGGAAAGAGAAGAGCAGAGAAGAGUGGACGAGAUCCGUCGCCAUGAUGUUGAGGAGGAAAGAUUGGCGCGAGCAAAUAGUAAACGGAAGUUCACCGGAGAUGGUUCCUUCCCACGGAGGAAUAGGAGAGCAAGCUCCUAUUAUACUCCUACAGAAGCCACUUCCACUGAUAUUACUCGACCGACUCACAGUCAUCUUCAAGGAGAAUCAGCCGUGUCUGGCGAUCCUGUCGUCUCCGGGGGAGUAGAUCAACCGCUCUCCGAUAUUCCUCCUGUGCCACCCGCACAUGGGGAAACCCCCGUUUCAUAUGGCGAUCAUCAUGACCAUACAAUUGGUAGUGAGACAGAGGCAGAACUUGCCGGUGCAGCAUCCGGAUUAGCAUCCAGCCAUCACCGUCGUCGUCGAAGUAGCAGCAGGAGGCGGCGUGAAGAUGUGGCGUCGCCACCGGUAUCCGUCAAAGUCAAGAUGCACAACGAUGGACGACAUGUUACUCUUAGAAGACUAACGGAGGAAGAAGCAGCUGCUAGUCGCGAAGCAAGGCGCAGAGAUCGGGAACGCAGGGGCUCUCGGCGCCGCCAUGGCAGUGUCAGUUCUUUGUCCGGUAAUGAAGGUGGCUCUGAUCGAUGGCGUCGAGUUGAAGAACUGGAGCGUCAACAGGCGGAAGAUAUCCGGAGAGAACAAGAAACUGCUGCUUCUGCUGCUGCUGGUGCAUCCACUGCCCAUCCCGCUCCAAGCGCCAGCAUCCCACCGUCAACUGCCGCCCCGCCCGUGCAUCCCAGCGACAUCCCAGUGCCGCCAAUCCCUCCGUCCAGUUUGCCUUAUGGUGCUGGGAGUAUUACCUCCCCCGGGACCUGGACAGGUACUGAAGCGAGCGGUGACUACGCUAGCAAUCGAAGGAGGAGAAGAGCAGAGAGAGCUCAAGCGCGACAGGCAAGACAGCAUAGCGUCGAGUUUACCUAAACUCCGCCUCGUCUCGUGGUUUAAACCAUGUCCUCGUCAGCUUGUACGACCCUUCCUCUCUUCCGUGGCCUCUCUCCACCGUUCUUCAAGAGAGCGUCGACUAAUUGCAAACAUCCUCCCUGCUUAUAUCGCACUCUCCACUGCGCCUCUCACUACCCUUCUCCCAUAAUCUCCUGCAAUCACUCUUAACGACGGGCGAAAUCACUAAAAAGAU